AUGUAUUGUAAAAUUUGUUUACAAAAACUAAAUGCAGAAAUCUGGAAAUGCCCGGUUUGCGAUUUUCCAUCAUGGACUAGUGGCGACAAAAAAAUUGACGAAUAUUUAAUUGAAGCACAGCGUAACUUAAAUAAAGCUGAAUGGCCUAUAUGGAUUCCGUUUAAUCGAUUUCGAGAUAUUGAACUUAUUGCGGUAGGCGGUUUUGGAAAGGUUUCAAAGGCCAUUUGGGAAAAGCGGAAUGAAGACCCCGAUAUCUUAACUGUUGCUCUCAAAGAGGUUUUUGAUUCUCGUAACUACAACCUAGAUCUUAUAAACGAGAUUGAAAUGAAUUUAAUAAGUCACAAAUACAACUUGAUGAUCUAUGGAAUUACACGAAAUCCAAAAUCAAAUAAUUUUAUUCUCGUACAAAAAUUCUUUUACAAUGGAGCAUUGAAUAGCAUUAUCAAAAAUGCAGACCUAAGUCUUAAA